UCCGCUGGACCAUGGGGCUGCAAGGCCUCCCGCCUUUCCUCCUGGUUCUCCUGGGCUGCGGGGCCUCCGUGAGCGCCCAGGCCGGGGCCACCCCGGCGUUGACGACGGAGCCCCUCAACUACACCGAGGCUGCUCCGGCCACUCUCGGACCCUCCCUGCCGCCUAGGCCUCCCGGAACCUCCAGGCCGCCGGGGCUCUCCUCCGGCCCCAGGCCCACCCCGGUCACAGACGUUGCUGCUCUGUGUGUCUGUGACUUGUCCCCAGCACAGUGUGACAUCAACUGCUGUUGUGAUCCUGACUGCAGCUCUGUGGAUUUCAGCGUCUUUUCUACCUGCUCAGUUCCAGUUGUCACGGGUGAUAGCCAAUUUUGUAGUCAAAAAGCAGCCAUCUAUUCAUUGAAUUUUACAGCAAAUCCACCUCAAAGGAUAUUUAAACUUGUUGACCAGAUCAAUCCAUCUAUUUUCUGCAUUCGUAAUACAAACUAUAAACCUGCAUUAUCCUUUAUUAACACAGAAGUGCCUGAUGAAAACAAUUUUGAUAAAUUGAUGAAAACAUCUGAUGGUUUUUCACUGAAUGCUGAAUCAGAUGUUUCCUUCCCAUCCAAAUUGGAUGCUCCACAUACUGCUAAAUAUGAGUAUGGGGCUCGUCUACAGACUUCAGAUUCGUUUCUGAGAUUUCCUUCGCCCCUGACAUCAUCUCUGUGCACUGAUAAUAACCCUGCAGCAUUUCUAAUGAACCAGGCUGUUAAGUGCACCAGAGCAAUAAAUUUAGAAGAAUGUGAAAAAAUUGAAGCCCUUGGCAUGGCUUAUUACAGCGGCCCCGAAAUUUUGAGGGUGCCUAAUUCAAGAACAAAGGUGCCCAUCACUGUUAAGUCCAUCAUCAUUCAGUCUCUGAACAAAACGCUCACCCGACUGGAAAACACUACCAUAUUGCAGCCGGCGCUCAUCACCGCUGGGCCCGUUAGACUCUGCAGUAAUGUCGUUCUUGAGGUGAAGUACAGCCUCACAUAUACAGACACAGGUGAAGUUACAAAAGCUGAUCUCUCUUUCCUUCUGGGGACAGUUAGCAGUGUAGUGGUUCCACUGCAGCAAAAGUUUGAAAUUCAUUUUAUUCAGCAAAACACAAAGCCAGUUCCUCUCAGUGGAAACCCUGGUUAUGUUGUGGGGCUCCCACUGGCUGCUGGCGUCCAGCCUCAGGAGGGAUCUGGGAUAAUUCAGACCACAGAUAGGUAUGGACAACUUACUAUUCUUCGUAGCACAACUGAGCAAGACUGCUUAGCGAUCGAGGGGAUCCGGACCCCGGUAUUAUUUGGGUACAAUAUGCAAUCUGGCUGUAAACUAAGACUGACCAAAGCUGUCCCGUGCUGGCUCGUGGCACAGAAGGUGGAGAGCCUGCUGAAGGGCCAGGGCUUCCCAGAUCACGUGGCCCCUUUCGGAAACUCCCGGGCCCAGGAUGCGCUGGACUGGGUGCCCAUCCACUUCGUCACCCAGUCACACAACAUGAAGGAUUCUUGCCAGCUCCCAGUGGCUUUGGUUAUAGAAGUGAAGUGGACUAAAUACGGCUCCUUACUGAACCCACAGGCCAGAGUAGUCAACGUGACUGCAAAUCUGAUUUCAUCCUCCUUUCCCGAGCCCAAUGCAGGAAAUGAAAAGAUAAUUCUCAUUUCCACCAUGGUUACUUUCGUGGAUGUGUCUGCCCCUGCAGAGGCAGGCUUCCGCGCUCCGCCAGCCAUCAACGCCAGGCUGCCCUUUGACUUCUUCUUCCCGUUUGUUUGAUGUAAGUUGUUACUUAAGGA